UUCAGUGUUUAGGGGGCUGUGAACACCGCAAUUAAACAUUCCGGUUGAGCAGUUAUGUGGCAAGUAAACGUGAAACUUGGUUAUCUCGAACUAGCAUUGUGAUUUUUGUUCACUGCAUCAAGUAAUUGCUUCAAAAGCAACAACCUUAACGAUAUCCAUCGAGCGCCAGUUAACAUAUCACUAAAACGGACACCUGGGUGUAUGGGGUUAACUCACGUUGACUUAAAUCGUCGGCUGUCGCCUUCUAUAAAAUCAUGACGUUCAACAAGGUAUUUCUUCCGUUUGUAGUCCUACUUGUGGCACCAAGCGCAAUGAAAGUUAACGCACGCGUAUGUUAUAUCGGUGAUGAAGCCAGCUCUAUCAAGGGCGAACCACUUCUGAAGUUACUGCCUGAUCAAAACCCGUGUGAAUGCACGGAGUUUCGUCCCGGCGGGGUUAACACAAAGCGACAGGCAAAGCCUCGUGAAGUAACGUUUGGUAAUGACGGUCAUCCACAAGGCUGGACUGACAAGGACUGCGUCAAAGAGAGGCAGACCACUUAUACCUCACCACCCUGUGACACAUAUUCCUUGAACAGUAAGCAAGGACUAGCCUUUCCUCCUUAUGGACAAUCAUUUCAGUCGUACCCCGUUAAGCUUGAGUUCACUCUGCAGAGCUCAACCAAAGAUAGAGUGGAGAUUGACUCUUUCAACAUACAAAACAUUUAUCAAUGCACUUUUGAACUGGACGGCAACUUAGAUCAGAUGCGCAUCAAGAAAGACGGCAUCAUCACACAAACAAAAGACUUUCAAGAUGUUUUUGAUGGUUCCACACACUACUGGGUAACAAUCAGUCAAUACAAACUGGAAUUCGGUAGACUUGGAGAAGCCAAUGCUGUCCUUGAGUAUCAAUCGAUCAAUGAGAAAAUAACCCGAUGUAGCCUUUGGACCCAGUCUGGCACAACUUUAGUAUUAUAUGGGACCUGCCCUCCUGACGUUUCGAUUUUUUCUACAAACUGAUUUUAAAUAAAUAAAAAUAAAGGCACUGGACACCUUUGGUAAUGGCGAAGAUCAGUAGGCCUAGUCACACUUGGUGUAUUCAACAUGCAUGAAAACAAGCGGGCUGUAAUAUUUGGGCUCAAUUGGUCUUCUACAACAUGAAAGGAAAAAAACUUGUUGCAAAACAUUGUGUGCUCUCAGAUA